AUGUCGGCAGAAGCGAUUCCGACCGAUCCUGGAUAUAAGAUACUCGAUGGCACACCUCCCACUCGCGAUAAGAUUGAGGCGGCGCAAGCAGAAAUUUCGGUGGAAAACUUGCAAAAGCUUCAGCAAAGCACUUCUGAUCUAGGGUUUGAGAGAUUAGGCUGGGGGGAGAAAAUUAAUAGUCUUCUACAUGAUGGGCUUGAUCUUGAUAACGAUGAAUACCUCAAGACUUUAUUGAAUGGAGCGUAUAAAGAUGCGAAGACAUACAUGGCCGAUGUUGUUAUUUGGAUGCAGAACCCAAACCAAUUGCAACGAUUUAAAGCAGGGCGAGGUCGGGUUUUCGUAUACAAGGCUAUAGAAGGAGUCCUUGGUCCACAGAACGGCUUCUUUAGGAUUGUGGAGGGGUCUCAUCUGAUGAAUCCCAAUCAGAUCAUCAAGACUAAUGCAAAAGACGUACAUCUACAACCUGGUCAGGCAAUCAUCCUGGAUGGAGAUCUAGUAAUAGAGUAUCCUCAAGCAGGUGGUGGUGUCGCGCUCUUGAAAUGUUUUUCCAAGGCGUGA